AUGCCAGGUUUCUCCCAAGCCAACGAGCUUCCAGCAUGGAAGAGUUUGAUGGAGCACCACGACAAGCUCGGUCGUGGUAUGGUCCUCAAGACCGAGUUCGAGAAAGACCCCAAGCGCUUCCAGAAGUUCUCCCGCACCUUCAAGAACGACGCUGAUGGCAGCGAGACCCUCUUCGACUUCAGCAAGAACUUUAUUACCGUCGACACCCUACCAUUGCUCAUCAAGCUCGCACAAGAUGCCAAGCUUGAAGAGCUCCGUGAGGAUAUGUUCAAAGGUGAGAAGAUCAACUUCACGGAGAAGCGAGCAGUCUACCACGUAGCAUUGAGGAAUGUGAAGAAGGAGCCUAUGCAGGUCGAUGGCAAGAGUGUGGUUGAUGAGGUACAUGAGGUUUUGGACCACAUGAAGGAGUUCACUGAGCAGGUUCGAAGUGGCGAGUGGAAGGGCUACACAGGUAAAGCAAUCGACACCAUCGUCAACAUCGGCAUUGGUGGAUCGGAUCUUGGUCCUGUUAUGGUCACCGAGGCAUUGAAGCCUUAUGGCAAGGAAGGCAUGAAAUUGCACUUCGUCUCCAACAUUGACGGCAGCCAUAUUGCCGAGGCUCUCAAGCACAGCAAUCCCGAGACGACUCUCUUCUUGAUCGCCUCCAAGACUUUCACCACUGCCGAGACAGUAACCAACGCUACUUACGCGAAGAAGUGGUUCCUCGAGGCCGCCAAGGAGCAGAGCCACGUCGCGAAGCACUUCGCCGCCCUUUCGACGAACGCCAAGGAGGUCGAGAAGUUCGGUAUUGACACCAAGAACAUGUUCGGAUUCCAGGACUGGGUUGGUGGACGUUACUCCGUCUGGUCUGCCAUCGGACUGUCCGUUGCCCUGUACAUCGGCUACGACAACUUCCACCAGUUCCUUGCCGGUGGUCAGGCUAUGGAUCACCACUUCCGCACUGCGCCGCUCGAGGAGAACAUCCCAGUCAUCGGUGGUCUGCUCAGCGUGUGGUACUCCGACUUUUUCGGCGCUCAGACACAUCUGGUCGCUCCCUACGAUCAAUACAUGCACCGCUUCCCAGCCUACCUCCAGCAGCUCUCUAUGGAGUCGAAUGGCAAGGCCAUCACCCGCAGCGGCGACUAUGUUAAGUACACCACUGGUGCGAUUCUCUUCGGCGAGCCCGGAACGAACGCCCAGCACUCUUUCUUCCAGCUCCUGCAUCAAGGCACAAAACUCAUCCCCACCGACUUUAUCAUGCCCGCCGAAUCGCACAACCCAGUCGAGAACGGCAAACUGCAUAAGAUGCUCGCAUCCAACUUCUUUGCUCAAUCUGAGGCCCUUAUGAUUGGUAAAACACCCGACACCGUCAAGGCUGAAGGCGCAGCAGACGACUUGGUGCCACACAAAGUCUUCCUUGGCAACCGCCCAACCACUUCAAUCCUAGCUCAGAAGAUUACUCCAGGUACUCUUGGCGCUCUGAUUGCUUACUACGAGCACCUGACAUUCGUCGAGGGCGCGAUCUGGAACAUCAACUCCUUCGAUCAAUGGGGUGUCGAGCUCGGCAAGGCGUUGGCCAAGGGUAUUGAGAAGGAGUUGAACGAGUCUGGAGAGACAGAUAAGCAUGACAGCAGUACCAGCGGUCUCAUCAACGCUUUCAAGAAGAAGGCUGGACUUUCGUGA